AUGAAACAACAUCAAAUCUUGGUGAAAUCAUUACACAUGUGUGGUACUUUGGCCUCCUGUAGUGUUUUAUGCUUUGACAAAACAGGAACAUUAACCCAAAAUAACAUGAAAGUGACAUUGUCUUGUAUUGGUGAUAAAUUACACGAGGAAAGUGAAAAGGAAGAAAACAAUGAUAUUUUUGAUAGUUGUGCUGCCACUCAAGUAUUCACAAUUGGUGCCUUGUGUAAUGAAGCCACUAUAGUUAAUAACACUGCUCUUGGUGGUAAUGCAACUGAUAGGGCUAUACUUCAAUUUGUUGAAAAAAACACCAGUACUGAAAUUUUAAAAGCUAAAUGGAUGAAAAAAUUGGAUAUUCCUUUCAAUUCAAAAGAUAAAUAUAUGAUAUCAUUAGUUGAACCAGUGAAAGCAACAGCAACUUCCAGUUGGAAUGAAAUUGGUUUUGAAGAUAAUGAAAAUUUCUUAUUGUUAGUGAAAAGUGCUCCUGAUGUAUUGAUUGAUAAUUGUCAAUUCAGAAUGAAUGAAAAUGGAACUUUGCAACCUUUAACCACUGAUGAAAUACAAUAUUACAAGGAUAUCCAAAGAAAAUGGUCUAGUGAUGGUAAAAGAGUUAUUCUUUUCGCAUCAAAAAUGGUGUCACGUCAAUCACUUAACUUGGCUGAUAGAAUUACUAGUGCAAAUAAAUUGAAAGAAGAAAUUGGUUCUGGUUUGAUAUUUAUGGGAUUAGUCGGUAUAGAAGAUCCACCAAGAAAAAAUAUUGACCAUGUGAUUGGCAUUUUAAGAGAUGCUGGUAUUAAAAUCGUCAUGAUUACUGGUGAUUUUGAAUUAACUGGGGUAUCAAUUGCUAAACAAUGUGGAAUUGUUACUAGUGGAAAAAUUGCCAAAGUGAAUACCUUGGGAGAUAGUGAUAAAAAUUCAAUUAGUGUCACUGGUCCUGAAUUAAACCUGUUGGAUGAGUCACAAUGGGAACAAUUGGUGGCACACAAUGAAUUGGUUUUCACUAGAACUACCCCAGAACAGAAAUUAUUGAUUGUUGAAAAAUUUCAAAAGUACGGUCAAGUGGUUGGGAUGACUGGUGACGGUAUCAAUGAUGCACCAGCAUUGAAACAAUCAGACAUUGGUAUCUCUAUCUUGGAUGCAUCUGAUAUUGCCAAAGAAGCUGCCGAUUUGAUCCUUAUGAAUUCAGAUGCUGAUCAAUUAUUCUUAUCAAUCGUCGAAGCAUUGAAAUUUGGUAGAUUGGUAUUUGAAAAUUUGAAAAAGACUAUUUGUUACUUAUUACCAGCUGGGAGUUAUUCUGAAUUAUGGCCAGUGGUGAUGAAUGUGUUCUUCGGUAUGCCACAAAUGUUGUCGUCAUUCCUUAUGAUUAUUAUCUGUUGUUUAACUGAUUGUGCUGGUUCAAUUGUAUUAGCAUAUGAAGGUGCUGAAAGUAACUUGUUAAAAAAGAAACCUAGAGUGGUAACUGGAGAAAGAUUAGUCAAUUUCAAACUCUUGUUCCAUGCUUAUUUCUGUCUUGGUACUUUUUACACAUUCACGUCAUUUUUGGUGGCAUUUUUGAAUUUAACUCGUCGUGGUUUGAAAUUUGAUCAAUUUUCGUUAUCUUUUGGUUCUUAUCAAGAUAUUCCUAAUGUAACCAAUUGGCUUAACAUGUCUUCAUCAAUUUAUUUUGUCAAUUUGAUUAUAUUGCAAAUGUUUAACUUGUUGUCAUUAAGAACAAGACAUUUGAGUCUUUUCCAACACUCGAUACUAAAAAACAAAAAAGUGAUAUUUGUUGUUCCCUUUGUUUUGUUGGUCAAUUUUGUCAUCAAUUAUAUUCCUGCCAUUCAAAGAACUAUGGGCACAUCACAAGUCCCCGUUGAAUACUACUUUAUUGCAGUUGGGUUUGGGUUAGUGGUAUUCACUUAUGAUGAAUUAAGAAAAUUGAUUGCCAGAAAGUAUCCAAACAGUUUUACUGCAAGAAUUGCUUGGUAA